AGCAGAAAAACUAGAGCAGACCCCACUGGACAAGCAGGAUGAAGUACCUUGCAGUUCUCUUCACCAUUGUUGCUCUCGCCGAAUGUCUCGUUAAGUAAGUUAUCGUUUUGUUGCUGAUAUUUACUCUUCUGACAGCUAUACUUUCUGAUUAACUAAUGAAGAGGAGAGGGAGUGUGAAUUAUAACUUCAAAUCUUAUAGAAUUUUUCAGAUAUAGACACAUAUAUAAACACAUACACACAACUGAGAGGAGAUUAGUAAAUGUAAAAUGGUCCUCUGGCAGCAAUUACAAGGGUAGAAGCACAUAGACUCACUGAAGAAAGCAUGGCUAAUGUCUAAUUUGAGAUGGAACAAUAUUUUGGGGCAUUUGUGUGGGUGCUUUUUUUAUCCCUUGCCUUCAGUAGUGCAGUAACAGGAUGAUGCUCAGCACCUGAAGCUCACCACAGCAUGUCCGAAGUGACAAGAGAAAGUGGAAUUGUCAAACUGUUCUUUGUAAUCAGCAAUUGAGGGCCCAAUAGCACACUUUAAAGUGCUGCUGACACUAAUUGAAAUAAAAAGGAGUCUUAAAAAAUGGGCUGCAAAGAAUUCAUUUUAUGUCAGUCAAAUAUUAAACACCCUACACACCUACAGUUGUUUUACUUUCAGCUAUCUUCCUUAAAGUAAUUGAGAGAUGAAGCAGAUUAACAUCCUUGUCUUGUAUCACAGCAGGAGCUGGGAUCCUAGCACUCCAUAUGCUGCGGGACUUGAACCCCCACCAUCCCUGACUAUUUGCCUUGUUGGUUGGGGCUGAUGGGACAUGGAGCUCCACAACCUCUGGAGAUCCACAGGCUUCUUUCCCCUGCAUAAAAGCUGUUCAAAUCCCACCCAUUCUAUGGAAAAGAUGCAUGAAUGAAUGUGUGCAAGAUUAUAGGCUAUAGUACUAUUUCUUGAUGCUAAAAAAAGACUUUGAUUGCAUUGAGUGGGUGCGAACUUUCAGUUCAAUUUCCUAAGUGCUCCCCCCCGCUUUUUUUUCCAGUAGCUUAGAUCUAGUAGUAAAGAGAGUUUAGAUGAGGUGGUAAUAUUAAACCUAUUAUUAUGUUUGGAGUUAUGGAGUGGAAAGACAGGUUGCAAAAUAAGCAAAUUUUAGGGAGACAGAAAAUCCAAACCUAGUAUUUUGUUUCUUAUGUUCCAGGAUUCCCUUGCAGAGAGGGAAAAAAGUAAGAGACACUCUCAAGAAGAAAAAUCUGCUGGAAAAUCUUCUUCAGAAACACCGUUAUGACAUUGGUACAAAAUACAACUCAGCUUUUUCUAAGGCUGCCCUGGUGGCUGAAGAACCACUUCUGAAUUCCUUGGAUGUGAGUUGAUGCUUUGCUCUUAUCAAUUUGCUGUGCUGCUGAACAACAUUUCCCCAAAGUUUUCAUGAUGCUCAGUUGAGAUACUUCUUCAUAUUUCUCCUGACACCCAGAGGUAAUCAACAUAAUACUGUGGUACCUCAGGUUACAAACGCUUUGGGUUACAAACACUUUGGGUUAUAAACACUUCAGGUUACAAACUCCGCAAAUCCGGAAGUAGUACCUCGAGUUGUAAACUUUGCCCCAGGAUGUGAACAGAAAUUGCGUGUCGGCGGCACAGCAGCAGCGGGAGGCCCCAUUAGCGAAAGCGCACCUCAGGUUAAGAACGGUUUCGGGUUAAAAACGGACCUCUGGAACGAAUUACGUUCGUAACCCGAGGUACCACGGUAUGUUGCAUGUACUUAGCACAGAUUUAUAGUGAUUACCUUGCAUAUCUGUGAGGAAGUAAAAUGUUCAAAAGCCUAAAAAGAAGGAAAGUUUUGCAAAUUGUGUUUGUUUUAUGAAUUAACAGACUGAAUACUAUGGAACAAUCUACAUUGGAACCCCACCACAGAAGUUCACUGUUGUGUUUGACACUGGAUCAUCCAAUCUCUGGGUACCCUCUGUCUAUUGCAGUAGUCCAGCAUGCCGUAAGUAACUGACUAUAAAAAAGUCUUCAAGCAUGUCAGUCUGAUAUUAAAAAAGACCUGGGAGGGCCUAUGAAGUUGUGUAAAGGAAUGGAUUCAUUAUUUCACUCAGGUCAUAAUUCUAUUUAUCUAUGAGUAGGGUUGAUUGAACUCAGUGAGGCCAACUUCUAAAUAAAUAUGUGUAGAAUUGAAGGUGGGCUUGCAAUCCUAUACCCACUUACCUGGCUCCUUCAGAUUCAAUUAUGGGGCAUGAUACUGAGUAAAACUGUGUAAAACUUUACUCCAAAUCAUGUGGAUUUGGUUUUGCAAAACUUAAUUCCCAUUUUUUUUGUCCACUAUUAUUUUUAGUAAUGUGUACAAAAAUGAAAAUGCUAAAAAGAAUAUGCUUUUUUGAAUAUAUGAGUUUUUCUGCUAGAUAUUUUCCAAAUGCCCUACACUUUACAUUGUUCCAAUAGUUUUCUUCAAGCAACCAAAUUUAUACUGUAGUCUUAUAUCUAUAAUUAAAAGCCAUUUUUACAUUAGUUAAACACUGUUUUCUUUUUCUUUUUAGAAAAGCACCAGAGGUUUAACCCAUCUCAGUCUUCUACUUUUCAAAGCACUCGACAGACCAUAUCUAUUCAGUAUGGGACAGGAAGCAUGCAAGGGUACUUGGGAUAUGAUACAGUGAAGGUAAUUCAACUCAGUUCAGUUGCAUUACAUGAGUACAGUACAAACUGCGAAGACAAUGUUAUAGGCAUCUCUAGAACCAGUGCAAUUCAGUCUCCUUGAAUCCUGGAACUGGAAAGCAGUCUUUCCUUUAAAGAUGUGUAGAUGGAUGCACAUCAAGUAAUUCAGAACAAACUAUCCAAAUUAUCCAAAUAGUGUAUAUUUUUAAUGGCCAUUUAGAGAAUCAGAGCCGUGCAAUAUUAAAGCUGGAGUCCUUAAGUCAUAGGAUCCUAAAGUAAAUUUCUAUGAAAUAGAUGGGACUUUCUUCUGAAUUAACAGAUUGAAAAAGAGGGUGCAAGCCUGUUAAACAGAAGCAAACAUUGAUGAACGAAUAUGACACAUGCCCUGUGGAAAUUCUCUGACAAAAGGGAAGCCUCCCAGAUGAUCACUGUAUGAGGGGUACAUAGGAGACGUUAUUGAUUCAUGUACAAAAUGUCAAGACACAGUUAGUCAUAUAAAGAAGUUUCAUCUUCAAGAAAAAAGCAAGUUUAAAAGAGCCACUACUUGCUCUGCACCUUUUUACAGAUUAAUCUUGUUCUAUGGUUAAAAGAAAAAGAGAAAUAAACCCUACCGGGUUUAGUUCGCUUGCAUAGAACUGAAGCCUUAAUACAUCAGUAGUAAAAACCUGCUCUGCAGAUCACAGCUUGACAUGAAAGUAAAGGUCUACUCUGUUUCUCUCCUAGGUAUCCGGUCUUGCCGUUUCAGAUCAGCCAUUUGGCUUGAGCAGCAGUGAGCCAGGCAUCAUAUUUGUCUAUUCUCAGUUUGAUGGGAUCCUGGGCUUAGGCUACCCAAACAUUGCCGUUGAUAGUGCGACUCCGGUCUUUGAUAACAUGGUGGAACAAGGCUUAGUUCAGCAAAACCUGUUUUCUGUUUAUCUCAGCCGGUAAAUAGUGUUUUUAUCUCUUGGUAAUAUUAUUUGUUUUGUAUAGCUGGGAGGAAUCAUGUGCCUGAUCUGACACAGGUUGUCUUUUGGCUAUUGCUCUGGCUGUUGUGUUGUAAAUCAGGCUGGCCAAUCCUGUACUCUAAGUAAGAUGGCUGCCACUGUGCUGUACUUGCAUUGGUAUAAGGCAGGGACCCCAGAAAAUGAUUGGCAGAGGGGGCUGGAAGCCCCCCUCAACUGGCCAGGGCGCCGAGCCCCUCCAGAGGUGAAUGAUCUAUUGUUGUCAAUGCUACUUGAUGAAGAAGGAAAGGUCCAUCCAGUUUUCUAGGACAUAACUGCACCCUCUUGCUUGUUGUGCCUUGAGAGCAGGGUUUUGCUAUGAAGAGAGGGGCCAAGCUCAGGGAAGCUAAGUGUUAAUGUGGAAGAGAGGGAGGUAGACAGAGUUAAGCAGGAAGAGAAGAGGCCAAGACUUCUGCUUCUAAUUUUUUUACUAUUCUAUAAUUUGUGAAAUUGUAGAAUAGAUAAUUAAUUAAUUAAUUAAUUAAUUACUAUCUCAUCAGUAGAGUUAAUAUCCCUUUUGAUUUCAAUUGAACCACCUUGAUAUCCCUAUAAAAACACUUAUGGAGUCUUUGCUCCAAAUCACAAACUUACCCCAUCCAGAAUAACUGGAGGGCAUUAUUGCAAAGAUAAUUUCACCUAUUUCUGAGGUAGAGGAGUCAACAAAAAGUGCCAAUCUUUCCCCCUCACCAUGUGUAUAAUAUGCAGCCCAGAUCUAUAUAUGUCAGCUUAGAAGACAAUGAUACUCAUGAGUUAGUGUGCACAGGACUGAAGUCUUGUGAAAGGAAGACUGCAAUCUUCCAGGUGGUGACAAUUCUAGUUCUUGUCCUCUUUCUGGCUGAGAACUACAAGGGUAACACUGACACUAAGGAGGAAGAAACUGAAAGACAUUAUGAGAUUAUGAAGGGGGAAAUCAGUUUGUGAUAUACAGACCAGAGUUGCCAAUAUUAUGAUGUACUUGACAAGACUGGAGAAAUGUAUUAACAGAAUUUGCCUUUCGAAAUUCGCUAACCACCAAUAGAUAUUUAUUCACUGUGAGAUAUUAUACACCUUCCUACUCUCUCUCUCUCUCUCUCUCUCUCUCUCUCUCUCUCACACACACACACACACACACACACAAUGGGAAUUGGGACAGAGGUACAGAAGCAAGUGACAUUCACAUUUUAAAUGUGUAGUUUAUCUUAUUCUGAAUGAAUGGAUUGCCAACAGCACACCAUAUAUUUUUGUUUCAGAAAAUCAAGUGGGAGCAUGGUCAUUUUUGGCGGAGUUGAUCACUCUUACUUUACUGGUCCUAUUAACUGGAUUCCUGUCACUCAGCAAGGUUAUUGGCAGAUUGCAGUGGACAGGUAAGCAGAAAUUGCUGCUGCUGCUGCUAUUACUACUACUACUAUAACCAUUUAAAAAGAUUAAAUACAAAAAGAAAGGAAGAGAUAGAGGACAAUGAAUGUGAAUACUAAUGUUCAGUUUACUUUGUAUUUGCUAGUUGGCAGUUAGGUCGAACUGAUUAGUUAUUAUCAUUAUCUAGUUAUAUAGAAUCCUCAUUAACAGCACUUCUACAGAGUGUAAGAGGACAGGUCCCUGCCCAGAACAGCUUGCAAGCUAUAGUGCCUGUGGUCUUAUUGCCUUCUACAAUUUCCAAUGAUGUAAUAUCGGCUAAGACAGGAGAGAACGUUUCCUUAAUGAGAAUGGAGAGCUACCUUAAGGCAGUUAUGACAUCCCGCUAUCCAUGUUGUUUUAAGUUCAUGUUUGGGGGAAGGUCCUUUGCUCAGUGGUAGAGCAUUUUCAUUUUGCAUGCAGAAGGUUACAGGCUCAGUCACUUCAAGUAGGGCUAGGAGGAAGACUUAUCUGAAGCACUGAUGAGCCCCUGGUAGUCAGCUUGGCGUUUACUCAGUGAGAUGGACUAAUGGUCGGUAUAUGGCAGUUUUGUAUGUUCCAUGUCUAAAUCUAAUGAUUUCCAAUUUCUCAGCAUUCAAGUGAAUGGUCAGACAAUUGCCUGCAGUGGUGGCUGUCAAGCAAUUGUUGACACGGGGACGUCCCUCUUGGCUGGUCCGGCAUAUGAAAUUAGCAAAAUCCAAAAUGCCAUUGGAGCUACCGCAGCACAGUAUGGCGAGGUAAGAUUUACUCUCUCACACCAAUUCUCUUCACUUUGUGGCUGAAAAAGACUCAAAAGCACCCUAGCAUCCACACUCAGUACUCAAAUCCUUAGCCAGAGUUCGGGUUUCAGAUAUGCGCAACGUAAAAUGGUUAAGAUUAGACUUGAUCCCGGUUUCCUCCUGGACUACAGCUGCUGGCAUCUCAGUCCCAUGCUUCAUGUUUCUUUAUGAUACUGCAGAGGCACACAAAUGUGCACAAGCAUAAGGAAAUACGGUGUGUAAGACUGGAGUGGUAGCAUCCCUUGUGAGCAUGUAUAAGGAAUGCAGAAGGAAGAGACAAUGGCAGUGGUAGGAAAAGGAAACAAGCUGAGGUUUGGCUGAGCCUGGGUGACAUCCAGGGAAAGAAACAGCUCCAGUAGGCCUAAUACUGAAUUCACAAAGAUAGCUGAAGUGAUGGCAUUCAUUCGGAAAGGCUUGUAAAUUGCCUUCUGCUGUUAGAUCCUGAUGUAAUGAGAGGAUGAUCUGUGAAAUCUUCUAUCUGACUGGAAUUUCACAUGUGACCUUGCCUUUAUCAUAUGACAAGGGUCACCUGAGAAUGUCCCAUGAGUUUAUUGGACUGUUGUGUGUUCUGAGAAGGGUUUGCAAUUUAUGUAAGGUGACCAGAUGCAGAAUUGGACAGGGCUCUUGCACCUUUUAUAGUUGUGUAGAAGAGGGGUUUUCAGUAGGUGUAAGCUUGCAUGACAGGCUAAGACAUUUGCUCUUUUACACAACUAUGAAAGGUGCAAGAGUCCUGUCCAGUUCUGGAUCUGACCACACUACCCGCACAGAGAGAGAGAGAGAGAGAGAGAGAGAGAGAGAGAGAGAGAGACCUUACUGUCAUUAAUUUGUACUAUUGUCUCUCUUCAAAAUAUCCUCAAACAGUGUUCUUUAGCACAGAGCAUACAUAGGCAUUCAUUACUUCAGCAUGCAAAUAGCUCCACCUUCAGAAUGAAGAAUCUAGACUCAGACCAGAGUUUAAAAUGCAGUGCUGUAAUAUCUGAAUUGGUUGGGGCACAUGGUUGUUAUGUAUGAAGAUUAAAUGAGAAGUUUUAGGUUGAUUCACUUGUAGUCUUCAGUGAGUUGCUUUGCUUUUAUGUCACAAUGUUCCGCUCAGGCCAGUGGGUUAUACCAGAUGCUUAUCUGAGUGAAGUCCAGAAGUUUCAGAAUUUCACUUAAAGUGGAAGGUGUGGUUUCCUGAGGCAGACUUUGUGGGUGGGGGGGAACCACUGCAUUUCUUGAGCAAACCUGAGGUUUGCCUGUUCAUUUCCUUCAGAUUAACUCAACACUCCUCCUUAUCUUUUUCAGUAUAAAAUCAACUGCGGUAACCUCUCCAAUAUGCCUAAUGUUGUUUUUGUAAUCAACGGAAUCCAGUAUCCUCUCACCCCUUCAGCCUAUACUAAUCAGGUACAAAACAGAUUUGUAUUUACUGAAUUACGGAAUUGUAUUUACUCAUCAGGAGUGCAAGUUCAAAAGGGUUUGGGGGUUUAUCAGCAGGGCAAAAUCUUUAUGAACAAAUGGGCUGCAAACCAGAAAAAGGAAAGAAAUCUUUGAGAAGAAAUAUUAUUAGAUAUACAGACACUAUCAGAAGAGCUGGGUUGAUACCUGCGUAUCUCACCAAAAGAAACGGUCAACCCAGGUAGAUAAGAUGACUCUGUCCUGUCAAGGAUCAAGAGAUUCUCCACCAACAUAGUUUUGUGACUGUUAAUAUUGUAUCUCUGACCACAGAUGAUUCCCAUCCUGGGAAAGGUGCCCCAUUAAGGUGGAAGACCUGGCUGCCUGAUCGUUUCCAGGAGGACUCACAUUACACCUUCCACCAAAAAUAGCCUCCUGAGAUUAAGCUAUAAAUACAGUGCUCAAAUGCUACAAGUUAUUUAUUUUGCUGUUGCAGAUAUGGCUGAAUGUGGAAAUAUGCUCUGUUUUUCUCCCCUUGUUUCCUCUUAUCAGAUAUUGUACAAUCCAGAGAAUUUCAAAAUCUCACUCCCCGCGUUAUCCUAUUUCCCAAUGCAUCAAGUUUAACCUUGGAAAUGCAAUGCAAGAAAAGGAGCCCCUUUGCACCCACUGCCCCUGACUUCUCCAUCUGUAAUAGCUCCUCCAUUUCCACACCAAAGGCUCGAAGGCAAAGCAUUGCACUAAAGCAUUGAUAGGGAACCUGUGGCCCUCCCAGUGAGGUAUGACCCCAGCUCCAAUCAUAGCGGACCAUUAGUCAUGCUGUCUGGGGUUGAUGGGAGUUGGGAGUCUAACAACACCUGAGGGCCACAAUUUCCCCACUCCAUCCGAAAGGAAAAAAAGAAAAUAACCUGGAUACAGCAGCAACGUGACAUCAUACGAACCCUAGCAUGCAAUAUGUUUUCAAUAUAGGAUGCCUGGCAGAUUGAUUCUGUGAUUGUGCUGUGCCAGGUAAUUGUCGCUUGCAUUGGCUUGAAUCCCAUCCUUUGAUGUGGCAGAGGCAGGUGGGAGGAAGCAAGUAGCACUUAAUAGAAUCAAAGAAUCACAGAAUUGGAUCAUCUAGUCCAACCCUCUGCAAUGCAGGAAUCAAUGCAUUUUACUGGGGCCCUCUACUUACUCUACAGGGAAGGGCUGGAGCUCAGGGCUGGAGCCUCUACAUUGCAUGCUAAAGGCCCCAGGUUCAGUUUGUGGCAUCUUCCAUUUGUGGCAUCUCCGAAACCCUGAAGAAUUGCUACCAGUCAGUGUAUACAAUAAUAAAUGGAUGGAGCAAUGGUCUGUCUCAGUAUAAGGCAGCUCCCUAUCUUCCUAUGACUUCAAUGGAAGUAUUUUUCCCCCUUUAGACAACUUCUUUUGCAGGCAUAUUGUCACAUUCUGUUGUCAUCCAACUAAGCUCUUCUCCCUAUCAAAUGCCCCCCCCCCUUGUGGUGGUUGUAAUGUCAACCAGGAAUAAGGUUAAUGUCAGUGCAGCAGUGCAAAUUCGCCACACUGGCAAGACCUUUUCCCUAUACAAAUUCCAAGGAUAGGAUUGCAUUUGCAUUCAAUGAUUGUUUUCAACAGAGCAGAACAAAAGCAAUGUCAGAAUCAUGAUUUCCUAUAACUUUUAAAUACUAUCCAUACUUGUACAAUUGGCUUAUUUGAAUUGAUUAGGAUAUCGAAUUAUUAAUUGAUAGAGUGAGUACAUAAUGUGCACCGUUGUCUCUUUAGUUGUUGAAUUUGUGUUAUUUCUCUCCAUUUCUUUUGAGACUUUUUCAGAGAAUAUCCUGCGACUUCCUUUUUUAAAUGUUGGAAUGUUACCCUAUGCAUUUUUUACCUAGAUGGGUAUUUAUGUAGAAUAACCCCUAUCUGAUGGCUGUCCUUUUCUUCCCUUCUAGGUGAUGCAAGCAGAAUGCACUAGCGGUUUCCAAAACACAGCUGGGGACCUCUGGAUCCUAGGAGAUGUGUUCAUCAGGGAAUAUUACAGUAUUUUUGACCGGGAGAACAACCGAGUUGGACUGGCAAAGGCAGUCUAGAAUAACUGUGCUUUUAAACAACAGCAUGGGCUGUAAUUGCUCAUCUAAUCAACUUACUCAGAUUGCAUCUUAACUUCAUAGCUAUUUAUCUGAGCAAAUAAGCAAAUAAGCAGCGACUCCAGUUAUGUACUUUUAAAAGCAAUAUCUAUCUAAUGUCUUUAAAGAACCUGCAGAUGAUAGCACUGUUAUGCCAUAUAUGAUCUGAAAAUGGUGAAUUUCAAAUUAAUAAACUGUCCUAAAGCUAAGUUUUUUUGUUAGCGAUUUCUGUGUAAAAGCCUAUAGUUAAUGUGAGUCGGGGUGCCUAUUUGAAUAAAAUAGGGGGGGCAGGUAAGCCCCACCCUGCAGAAUCAA